CAAUAAUCCGGCCCAAGGUAAUGGCGGGGUAAAUCUAGGGCUUUGAUUUCAUGCUUCACAGGAAAUCAAACGACUCAUAAAUGAAUGAGCUUUUGUUCUUUUCUAGUUGUUUGAUCGAUUUCUUCUAUCUGUGAAAAAAAUUGAUAUGACGCGUGACACAAAAAGCGAGCAUUUAGCGGUGGGUAACCAAAAGCAUGAUUUUCAUAUUACAUGUGAAAGAUUUAAGAACUGGCUUGCUAAACAAGGAUUACCCACCUUUAAGGAAGCUGCCCUCGCUGCUUACAACGCAUACGGCACGUCCAUCUUUUUGGGGGUGUUUGCUGAGGGUUGUCUCAAGGAAGUCUGCUUAUCUUUUUCCAUUCUUCGAACUAUGCCACACUCAAAGUUGUCUUCCCUUUGUGGAGGGUACACGCCGCUCGUAGAAUCGUUUUUGAGAAUAGGGAGCAUGGAAAUGGCUCGAAAUUUUGCUAUUAUGAAGGGUUGUAAUGAAGGCAUAUUUUGUGUCAUGAAAAACAUAAGAGGCAAGGAAGAUGUCCAGGCAAGUAUGGUGGCGGGUUUUGGUUGUGGGGUUGUGUUAUCAUUGGUUACUGGAAUGAGGGGUCCUGAGAUAAUGUCAGUUGGUGCUAUCUUUGCGCUCUAUAAUGGUGGAUUGUUUAAGGUAGGUCUCAAAAUUUGAAAAAUCCCAAGAUGAAUUACACAUAAAAGUAAGGAGAGGCAGGUCAUGCGAGCAACUUAACAUAAGCACUCUGUAUUUAUUAACUUAUGUUUAUGUUUAUGUGUUUGUAGGAAGAUAGAUCUUGGUAUUUAUUAACUUAUGUUUGUGUUUUUGUAGGAAGAUAGAUCUUGGUUUUCAGUUAUUAUUUCUAAAACUUAUACAUGUUGCCUUUGCUGA